AGCGCAUGCGCAAGCUAGAUGGUCAGCGAGUAGAGCCCCGACUGCAGGUCCCGCCUUCGAUGGGGCGCGACCUGUCGUUGAACGUCAGCACGCAGAUGCAACUGGUUUUCGGCCGGGGGGCGCGCACCCCGCUGCAGAGCGCCAGCCCGCAGGCGCGGGAGCCUCCCUAUUAAGGGCACGCGACGUCGAGGCAAUAGCACGCAGGUGCUUAGCCAGAGGCGGAGCCCGAGAAGCAGGCAGCGGAGUUCCGGUUCCGGGAGCAACGAACAGCCGCGGAGGCGACAGCUACCGCUUCAGAGGAGGCGGCCGCGGAGGAGGAAGAAGGGGAGGAGGGCGAGGCGGAAGGUGCAGGAGGGACCCUCGCCAUGGGUCCAAGGGCCUAGAGUGGCGGAAGAUACCGGCGUGGUGCCAAACUGGCUACUGCUGCUUCCUGUGGCCUCCAUGGCUGAGGACUGGCUGGACUGCCCGGCCCUGGGCCCUGGCUGGAAGCGCCGUGAAGUCUUUCGCAAGUCAGGGGCCACCUGUGGACGCUCAGACACCUAUUACCAGAGCCCCACAGGAGACAGGAUCCGAAGCAAAGUUGAGCUGACUCGAUACCUGGGCCCUGCGUGUGAUCUCACCCUCUUCGACUUCAAACAAGGCAUCUUGUGCUAUCCAGCCCCCAAGGCCCAUCCUGUGGCUGUUGCCAGCAAGAAGCGAAAGAAGCCUUCAAGGCCAGCCAAGACUCGGAAACGUCAGGUUGAACCCCAGAGUGGUGAGGUCAGGAAGGAGGCCCCAAGGGACGAGACCAAGGCUGACACUGACACAGCCCCAGCUUCAUUCCCUGCUCCUGGAUGCUGUGAGAACUGUGGAAUCAGCUUCUCAGGGGAUGGCACCCAAAGGCAGCGGCUCAAAACAUUGUGCAAAGACUGUCGAGCACAGAGAAUCGCCUUCAACCGAGAACAGAGAAUGUUUAAGCGUGUGGGCUGUGGGGAGUGUGCAGCCUGCCAGGUAACAGAAGACUGUGGGGCCUGCUCCACGUGCCUCCUGCAGCUGCCCCAUGAUGUGGCAUCGGGGCUGUUCUGCAAAUGUGAACGGAGACGCUGCCUCCGGAUUGUGGAAAGGAGCCGAGGGUGUGGAGUAUGCCGGGGCUGUCAGACCCAAGAGGACUGUGGCCGUUGCCCCAUCUGCCUUCGCCCUCCCCGCCCUGGUCUCAGGCGCCAGUGGAAAUGUGUCCAGCGACGUUGCCUACGGGGUAAACAUGCCCGCCGCAAGGGAGGCUGUGACUCCAAGAUGGCUGCCAGGAGGCGCCCCGGAGCCCAGCCACUGCCUCCACCUCCCCCAUCACAGUCCCCAGAGCCCACAGAGCCGCACCCCAGAGCCCUGGCCCCCUCGCCACCUGCCGAAUUCAUCUAUUACUGUGUAGACGAGGACGAGCUACAGCCCUACACGAACCGCCGGCAGAACCGCAAGUGCGGGGCCUGUGCAGCCUGCCUACGGCGGAUGGACUGUGGCCGCUGCGACUUCUGCUGCGACAAGCCCAAAUUCGGGGGCAGCAACCAGAAGCGCCAGAAGUGUCGUUGGCGCCAAUGCCUGCAGUUUGCCAUGAAGCGGCUGCUGCCCAGUGUCUGGUCAGAGUCUGAGGAUGGGGCAGGAUCGCCCCCACCUUACCGUCGUCGAAAGAGGCCCAGCUCUGCCCGACGUCACCAUCUUGGGCCUACCUUGAAGCCCACCUUGGCUACACGCACAGCCCAACCAGACCAUACCCAGGCUCCAACGAAGCAGGAAGCAGGUGGUGGCUUUGUGCUGCCCCCGCCUGGCACUGACCUUGUGUUUUUACGGGAGGGCGCAAGCAGUCCUGUGCAGGUGCCAGGCCCUGUUGCAGCUUCCACAGAAGCCCUGUUGCAGGAGGCCCAGUGCUCUGGCCUGAGUUGGGUUGUGGCCUUACCCCAGGUGAAGCAAGAGAAGGCGGAUACCCAGGACGAGUGGACACCAGGCACAGCUGUCCUGACUUCUCCCGUAUUGGUGCCUGGCUGCCCUAGCAAGGCAGUAGACCCAGGCCUGCCAUCUGUGAAGCAAGAGCCACCUGACCCUGAGGAGGACAAGGAGGACAACAAGGAUGACUCUGCCUCCAAAUUGCCCCCAGAGGAAGAGGCAGGAGGGGCUGGCACACCCGUGAUCACGGAGAUUUUCAGCCUGGGUGGAACCCGCUUCCGAGAUACAGCGGUCUGGUUGCCAAGGUCCAAAGACCUUAAAAAACCUGGAGCUAGAAAGCAGUAGACUGGAGGCUUCUACAGACUGUAGGAUUCAAGGUGAUAUUUGCAGACUGGCUUUAUGAGAGACAACACUGAUCUACUAGGGGCUGGACCCUAGAUUGGUUGCCAGGGCUUGUGUGUGAAUCAACCCUAGGAGGAAAAACCUACCACGAAACCAGAGGAGCAGGCCUAACAGUACUUUGAGCUUCUAGAAGAAGUAAGCGGGAAAGGAAGAGAAAGAGUAGAAAGUUGGUGCAUCUUCUCCUCCCCAAGAGCCUGAGUAUAAGAAGUUGGGUUUUAAGGGUGGGGGAGCUGGGAUGGGGAAAGGUAAUAUAAUUAAAACCACCACAAAACAACCUAAACAAGCCAUGUUCAUGAAUAAUUGUAAGUGGCUUCUGGAUGAGACCUGGCAGUGUCUCUACAUACUUCCUCAGGGAGACAGCAAUUGAAAAUGUAAUUGAAUAAAUAAGGAAAGGAACUGCUAUUUGGUGUGUUCCUCUGUGGACCCAGUUUAUUUAAUCCUUAAAAUAAUCUUUUUGGGAAGACAUUGAUUUUGCCCAUUUUUGUGAAUGGGAAAACUGAGACUCAUUAAUUUGUCCAAUGUCGAACAGCUGGUGUUAGUAGAGCCUAGAAUCAAACCCAGCUUUUAAAGCCCUUGUUCUUUAAGCCACUAAACUGUAACCUGUAAUCCUGUAUGCACUAACAGGAGUUUUCGGUGACCUUCAAAACACAGAUUACUAUAAGUACUAUAAUAAAUCCCUUACAUUCCUGUCUCUAGCAUGGUUUAGAAAGUGCCAAGACUCGAUGUAGAUGGGGUCACCUUGUCAGAGCAUCUGUUCAUACAGAAACUGGGUUUCCUGCAGACCCCAGAUGCUGCAUAGGAUUCUUCAAACCCUACGGGAUAUAUCUCCCCACUGGCUGCUGUCCAUUUUGCUUGUUACCCUGACUCCCCCUCUUCAGCUAGAGCAGUCUUUGUAACUAAAGCUGCCAGCCUGGCUCAUCUUUCCUGACAACGUGCAUCUCCUGCCCUCUGAUGACCUUUGUGCUUGGCUCCUGCCCUCAGCCCAAAUGUCUUCUAGGAGGCUGAAUAUCUGCUUCGAGUCCUGCCCAAGGGCCAGUCUUGGCUCAGCCCUACCUCACUCUUUCCAAUUCUUCAUUCGUAAAGUGCCAAAAAGAUUAGACCUGUAAUUUGUUAGCCAGCUUUACAGGGCCAGGACUGAGUGAGUGCCUCCUUAAACUUUGUAUCCUACGUGCCUCCCUUGCCUUACCCUAGUCCCAGCCCUGCAGCUUUAAGUAAUUCAGACAUGGAUGAGCCAUUUCCCAGUUCUAUCAUACAGCCUCUGCCACCUUCCCCACCCCUUCCUUUAUUCCACCCUAACUAGUUCAGCCCUAGUCAAGACUGGAUAGACUGAUACUGCUUUGUUUCCCCCAGGAACCAACCACCCAACCCCAGUAUUCUGGUAAUUUUGACAGUGAGCUAUAUGAAACUUAUUUGAUUGACAUUUAGACUCAUGAGUUAAGCUUCUGCCUACCAUGUAUGUUAGGGUACAAUCAGAAGAGCAGAACCACUAAGAUAAAGAUUAUGUAUAUAUGUACUUUAAGGGAUUUAUUAUAGAGAUCUGACUGCAUGCCAUUGUGGGAGCUGGUUAAACAGUCUCUGUAAGGCUGUUAUCUUUGCAUCUAAUGCUGGAGCUUGAAGUCUGCAGGGCAGGCACUCGGGAAGGGAAGAUGGAUGUAAAGUGUGGGAGACCGAGGACACAGUGGAGCCCACGAGCACGAGCUGGAACCCACGAGGAUGGCCCGGAACCCAUGUCAGUCUCUCACCACCUCCAGCUUCGAUGAUGUGGGUGUCCUGCAGAAGAAGCUGGUGCCCUUCCUCACAGAGUUAAAUAUGCAUCUGGCCCAGGAAUUAGAGAAGCUGAAGAGAUGAUCCUGGGGAAGGUGGAGCAGCUGCAGGCCUGGCUGCAGGCCUGACUGCUGCCCACACCAAUGAGGUGAUCCAGCAGAUACAUGACAAUAUGUGAACUGCAACAGCGCCUGGUGCCCCAGCACCAGCCUUCCAAGUGUAAAAACAAUAUGCUGCUGCUUCACUUCUGCGCUCCAGUUAUCAAGCAAAAUGUCUCUUGUGGCCCAUCUUACUGGAAGACAGUUCUGGGAAACAGCCUCACCAAGGUGACACAUUACAAAGCCGCCCUACCAUGAAUCCGCUCCCAAGGGUCUCACUACUCACCUGAGGAUAACUCAAUAUAACUUGCUGAAAAUGCAAAGCUGAAGACCAUGAAUUUCAUGGUGAUUCCAGCAAGUGCAGAGAUUCUAUGAAGCCCACCCAGAAAAAACUUGCUGGUCCUGGCUAUUUUUGUGUCAUUCAAGUAUUGAGAACCAGGCCUGUGGUAGGCACUGUACUGAAUACUAGGAUACAGAAAUGCAAAAGAUACGGCCCAUGCAAUUUUAUUAAAUGCAUCAAUAUGUAUUACAAAUGGUGAAUGGAUUUCCAACUUUAUCAUGGAAUUUAAUGCUGAAUAUAUAGAAUUCAGAAAAUUAUUGGGAGGACAGCCCUUUUGUGAACCUUGUUUGGGGCACAGUAGGAAUUGGAAAUAAUUUAGUUUCUAUCUCUAAGCUGUUCUAUUUUAAAAUUAUUUUUAAAUUUUUAUUGUCCCACUUA